CGUCAUCGUCUCCAUCUUCGUAUUCUUACUCUUACAGAGAGAGAUAUGCUGGGUUCAACAGUCCGUACAGUACGAAGGGUCUCCUCCUCUUCCAACAAUAACGUGUUGCUGAAAGAUUCAAUUUUGAAGCGCUUCAAUAACACUAGCACUGAUAGUAUUUUCAUUAGCAAAACUAAUAAUUUUUUUUCUUCAUCAACAACACAAAUCAACAAAAACAAUGAGACCCAUUUGCGGAAUGGCGAGUGUUGUACUACUACAUUGGCGGCUCACGUGCUCAGAAACAGCAAGAAUAAUAGACAAAGACAACGCGGCGGCGGCGUUGUUGUGAGGCAUCAACAGCAGCAAAAGAAAACGACGACGACGGAUAGGGAGGAUAAAGAUAGAGAUGCAAUAGAGUUGGCAUUGGAUUCGGUGGUGAAGAUAUUCACAGUGAGUAGCAGCCCCAAUUAUAUCCUCCCUUGGCAAAACAAGUCCCAGCGUGAAUCCAUGGGUUCUGGGUUUGUAAUCCCUGGAAGAAAGAUAAUUACAAAUGCUCAUGUAGUGGCUGAUUAUACGUUUGUACUUGUGAGGAAGCAUGGUUCUCCUACCAAGUAUAGAGCAGAGGUUCAAGCUGUUGGUCAUGAAUGUGAUUUGGCUCUUCUCCUUGUUGAAAGCCAGGAUUUUUGGGAGGGAAUGAACUUCUUGGAGCUUGGAGACAUCCCUUUUCUACAACAAGCUGUUGCUGUUGUUGGAUAUCCACAAGGUGGGGACAACAUUUCUGUUACUAAAGGUGUUGUUUCCAGAGUUGAACCCACACAAUAUGUACAUGGUGCAACCCAACUUAUGGCAAUUCAGAUUGAUGCAGCCAUCAAUCCGGGGAAUAGUGGUGGCCCAGCAAUCAUGGCCAAUAAAGUCGCUGGCGUAGCUUUUCAAAACCUUUCAGGUGCUGAGAAUAUUGGUUAUAUUAUUCCUGUUCCAGUAAUAAAACAUUUUCUUGAUGGUGUUGAAGAAAGCGGAAAAUAUGUUGGGUUCUGCUCUCUGGGUUUAGUAUGCCAGCCUACUGAAAAUGUCCAACUUCGAAACCACUUCAAAAUGCUCCCUGAAAUGACUGGGGUACUUGUGAGCAAAAUUAAUCCUCUUUCAGAUGCAUACAAAAUCUUGAAGAAGGAUGAUAUUAUCCUCGCGUUUGAUGGUGUGCCUAUAGCAAAUGAUGGAACUGUUCCUUUCCGAAACAGAGAGCGGAUAACAUUUGAUUAUCUAGUGUCAAUGAAGAAACCCAAUGAAACAGCAGUAGUUAAAGUUCUGAGGGAUGGCAAAGAGUGUGAAUUUAGUAUCACCCUUCGACCUCUGCAGCCAUUAGUACCAGUUCAUCAAUUUGAUAUACUCCCAAGUUAUUAUAUAUUUGCUGGACUGGUCUUUGUUCCUCUCACUCAGCCAUACCUUCAUGAAUAUGGUGAAGACUGGUAUAAUACUUCACCACGUCGAUUAUGUGAACGUGCACUUAGGGAAUUGCCUAAGAAGGCUGGUGAACAACUUGUUGUCCUUUCUCAGGUGCUGAUGGAUGAUAUCAAUGCGGGUUACGAACGUCUUGCAGAGUUACAGGUCAAGAAAGUUAAUGGUGUAGAAAUUGAAAAUCUGAAGCAUUUAUGCCAGAUUGUGGAGACCUGUAGUAAUGAGAGCGUGAGGUUUGAUUUGGAUGAUGAAAGGGUCAUUGUACUGAACUAUCAUUUGGCGAAGAUUGCCUCCUCUAAAAUUUUGAAGCGCCACAGAAUACCUUCUGCCAAGUCCGAUGAUCUUAUUGAUGAACAGAACAGUCUGGAAGUUGGGUUGGCCUGCUAAAACCUAAUUGAAAUAUGUUGUGCCAUUGUGGCCAAGGAUUUGAGCUGAAUUUUCUUCAGAUACCUUCUUCCCAAAUAGUGGCUAGUUUAGUUAAUUAGUGGCUAGUUUAUUUAGUUAGCCGCCUUCUACUUCUUCCUGCAUAAUUAUUAGUGGCUAGUUUAUUUAGUAAGAAAGGUUGAAGAUUCAAAUUCAUAAAAAGUGAGUGUCCCUACGUAUCUAUGAUAAUAUAUUGAUAACAAUUUCAAUUACAAACUAUUUAUUUGUUAUUCCAAAAGUUAGGCUGUUUAUUGAUACAAACCUUACCUAAUGUAGG